UUUGUGCUCAUCACUAUUCAACAACACUCGAAAAUACAAGUUUCUGAUCGAUUUUCCUGUUUUGUAGCGAAGAUUCUGCCUAUUUGCAAUCAGUCAGUUUUUGUCUGUUGUCGCGUACGUAUCGGUUUUGGACAAAUCGUAUCAAUCUAAUUAACUGACAUUGUUGACAAGAUGGCUUAUAAAUUGGCGGUUCUGACCGUCUGCUUGUUAUCCCUAUGGAUAAGCACAACUCAAGCACAAACACCAAAUAUCGAUGAUUUGUUGAAUAAAAUCUUUACAACAGAGGCAACACCGCCCCAACCACAACCCACAAAAACCACUGUACUACAACCUGAUCCAGUACAACAACCCGAUCCCGGUAGCGGCAAAUCUUGUGGCGUGAAUAAAGAGUGCGUUGCGCGUUUCUUAUGUGGUGAGGACGGAUCUGUCAUAAGGGAUGGUCAAACCCUAAUCGAUAUACGUUUCGAUGGUGAUGAUGUCUGUACUUAUUUGGAAGUCUGCUGUAAUACCGACGAAAAGUUAACGGAACCGAAUGUACCCAUCAAACCCAUUGACCCGCAUGAAGGUUGUGGUUUUCGCAAUCCAAAUGGUGUAGGUUUCAGAAUUACUGGCGACAAAGAAGGCGAGUCAGAGUUUGGUGAAUUCCCUUGGAUGGUCGCUAUUUUGCGUGAUGAAGUAAUUGGUGGCGAGACCUUAAACGUUUACGAAUGCGGUGGUGCCGUUAUUGCGCCAAAUGUCGUCUUGACCGCCACACAUUGUGUGCUUAACGCCGAACCACACUUAUUGGUUGCGCGCGCCGGUGAGUGGGACACACAAACCAAACAGGAGGUGUUGCCACAUCAAGAUGCACGUGUCAAGGAGAUCAUUCGUCAUGAGAACUACAACAAGGGCGCACUUUACAACGAUGUCGCGCUGCUCAUUUUGCAAACACCCUUCACUUGGCAGGAAAAUGUACGUCCCAUCUGUUUGCCUCCAACGGACGCCAAUUUCGACAAUUCACGUUGCUAUGCCACCGGUUGGGGCAAAGACAAGUUCGGUAAAGACGGUACUUACCAGUUGAUUUUGAAAAAGAUCGAUUUACCAGCGGUGCCACAUAAUACUUGCCAGGCAAAUCUACGUAAAACGCGUCUCGGUAAAUUCUUCAAUUUGGAUAAAAGUUUCAUGUGCGCUGGCGGCGAACCUGGCAAGGACACUUGCAAAGGCGAUGGUGGUUCACCGUUGGUAUGCCCUGAUCCGAAUAACCCGAAACGUUACUAUCAAGCUGGUAUUGUGGCUUGGGGUGUUGGUUGCGGUGAGGUUAAUGUUCCGGGAGUCUACGCCAAUGUGCCAUACUUGCGCAAUUGGAUCGACGAAAAACUUUCUGCACGAGGCAUUGAUUUCAAAUAUUUCACAGCUUAAAGAUCUCAAUUGGCACUUGGUAUAAAAUACUCUAUAAAAUUAAAGCAGUAAUUUUCGAAAGAAAUUGUAAGAUUAUAAUUGUUAAUGAGAUUAAAGAAUACACAAAAUAAUUAGAGAUAAAAACGUAACCCUUCA